CCACAGGCAGACGGGCGGGGCUGGGCUGGGGGGAAUGGCACCAGGUAUGAAGAGAAUGGGGCCUGCGGGGUGUGUCCGCAUGAGCACCGCUGUGGGCGACCCUGGCUUGGAAAGUGGCCUUGCAGCCUUGGACUGGGAAGGUCUGGACGCUGGGUGGGUGCCCGCGGAGUGGAAAGAAUGACAGAUUCGAGAUGAGCGAAGGUGGCUGAGACAUCAGAGACAGGUGGCAGGCCAGAAAAUGCCCCACCCCACCCGUUGAAAGUCGGCGAAACUGAGGUCUCGGAAGGCGAUCACAGUCCCGGAGCACAGGGGCCUCCAGAGACCCCCUGCAGGGGCUUAGGGAGAAGGAGGGGAUGUGGCUGGAGUCCCCAGGCCAGAGGGAUGUGGAUGGCCCAAGCUCCAAAGCACACAGAUGUGCAGGCUUGACCCUGGCUCCGGGCUCCCGUCCAACCCUGGCUGCUGCCCCACCCCUCUGCUGCACUAGGGAGAGGGGCAGCUCGGAGCCUGGACUCUACCCUCUGCAUCCUCCCCUAGGGGCUCUGCAUCCGCUUUGGUGGAGGGGGUUGGUUCAGGGAGAGGCCUGGGGGUGCCAAGCCUCUCCCAGAGCAGCCAUCUCUCACACAAGGCCAGAAGGGAGGUAAGGCUGAUGGCUUUCCCAGCUGGAGGCCGAGGGAGCAGGCUCAGCAGCUCUGGAAAGCUCUCCACAGGACACAAGCAAGAACAGCACUGCAGACAGAGGGAACAGCAGGGGCAAAGGCUGGAGGUGGAAGUGAGGGGCAGUCAGGAGGCCUCAGGACCAGCAAACACACUGCUGAGUGGGGGUGAGGAAGAGCUCCAGAGCCCUACACAAGGACUCAGAGUCAGGGACACAGCAGCGACCGGCGAGAUGAAGGUGCUUGGAGCUGUCCUGCUUGUCCUGCUUCUAUGCAGGUGGCCAGGGAGAGGGCAGGCAGAGCCGGAGGAGGAGGAGGAGGAGGAGGACUACAGGCCAGAUGGCUACGAUGAGGAAGAUGAGGAUGAGGUGGAAGAGGAGACUGACAGGCUCCCUGGUGGCAGGGACAGAGUUGCCUUCCAGAGUCGGGAACAGAGGAAGAAGCCACCAACUGGGAUGCUGCUUCGGUGUUACACCUGUCAGUCCCUGCCCAGGAACGAACGCUGUAACCUGACACAGAACUGCAGGCACGGCCACACCUGCACCACCCUCAUUGCCCACGGGAACACGGAGUCAGGCCUCCUGACCACCCACUCCACCUGGUGUGCAGACAGCUGCCAGCCCUUCACCAAGACAGUCGAGGGGACCCAGAUGACCAUGACCUGCUGCCAGUCCAGCCUGUGCAACGUCCCACCCUGGCAGAGCUCCCAAGUCCAGGACCCACUGGGCAAGGGGGCAGGCAGCCCCCGGGACAGCUCCAAAACUGUGGGCACGGCCUUCCUGCUCAUCCUCCUCACCGGCCUUGGUGCAAUAGAGGCUGGGAGAGCCUGACCCACCCCAGGAGACCCUGACCACGGCCCCUUGCCACCCCCAGGAGACCCUGACAACAGCCCCUCCCCACCCCUGAGAGACCCUGACACAGCCCUCCCCACUCCCAGGAGACCCUGACAACUGCCUCUCCUCACCCCCAGAGACCCUGACCACAGCCCUUCCCAGCCCCAAGAAACUUAGACCCACGGCAUCUCCCUACCCCAAGCCCACCUGACUCACCCCUGGCCUGGCCAGCACUCUGUCUGGUACCUGCUCCUUCUGCCCCUGCGCCAGCUUUGGAGAAUGAAUUCGGAGUGCCCUGGGUGAUCCAGCCAUCACAGGCCCCCUGCCCAGUUGCUUCCUCUGUUCCUGGCUUCAUCCUUGGUUUCCUCUUCCCACCACCUAUGAGCGUCAGAACGGCAGCACGUGGGCACCAGGUCCAGGCCUUGGCCACCAUGCCCCAGGACCUGCAGCCCUCAUGGGGGUAGGGGUGCCCACCAGCCCAGCCAGGCAGAAAUGACACCCACUACAUGCCUGGGGGCCCCCACGACCAAUCCUCACCCUUGACUUUCUACUGUGGGAAUCCCUCCAUCUGCUAGUAGCCACAUGGGCCUGCCCUGCCCUUCCCCAGGGUGGCCUCCCCACUGUCCGGAGGGAAGAGGCUUUGGAGCGAGGCUGUAGUUGCCCCUAGGAGAAACAGGCCUGGGGGGCUGCGGGCUAGAGCAGGAGACGCGUGGAGUUGAUGAGAGGAGAGGAGUAGAUGAGAUGGAAAUUUUCCAGCCUCAUCCUGGCAGCACUCUAGAUUCCAGCCCCCAGGCCUGAAGCCUGAUGGGUGUCAUGGAGGGGCCCCAGGGUGACAGACAGGCUACCCUGUGCCAGGGAGGGGGAAGAAUGGGCCUGCGGCUUCCUGCAGGAAGCAAGACUGGGUAGCAGAGCCAGGCAGGUAGAUGGCCCAUUCUGGGAGGUCCCCAGGGGCUCCUCUGGCAGGGCUGGUGACUGCUCCAAGCUCUGCCUUCGCCACAGCCCUGGGAAGACAGGCAGAGGCCCAGCCUGGGUCACAGCUCAGCCACUCACUUGGGUCUCAGUUUCCCCUUCUGAGAAGUACAGAGCAAGACUUCAAGAACCCCUGGAUCCCUGCCAAUUCUACACCCCAUGCACCAGGAAGCCCAGAGUGCUGCCUGGCCCGCCGAGUUCAUCCCAGUAGGCACAGGAGGCCUCCGCCAACUAUUCUCUCCUUUCCCUCAAUAAAAAAACCCGCAGUGCCUAGCUGGGGGUCUCGAGGCAAAUGCCUUAGAUGGAGGGGUCACGUCUUUCUCCUUCCCUUCCUCAUUCCUGUUGGCUGAGGUGAUGAGUGGAGCUCAGCAACAACUCUGCACCAUGAGGCGGGACCAGGCAUCAGGGCAGCAUGGCCAGCGGGGCCCAGCUCGCUGCCGACAGGGGGCACUGCCUACCUCAGGGUCCCCUUACCUGGGAGGGGAAUAAAUUUCUCCCGUGUGGAAGCUCGUGA